GAAAAUGUCGAGGAUAUUCGAAUCUUUGGUCCGACUAAUCCAAAUCUUUUGAAAAAUAUUUCAGGAGCUGAUGCGGCUGAAUUCACAGUAAAAAACAACUGCCCUUUCACCAUCUGGCCGGCAACUCUAACCGGUUCCGGCGGUCCGGCAUCCACCACCGGCUUCGAACUCGCCUCUGGCGCCUCACCCACCGUCAAAAUCCAGCCACCGUGGUCCGGCCGGCUCUGGGCCCGAACCGGCUGCACCACCGGCGACGACGGUAAAUUCACCUGCGCUACCGCGGACUGCGGCUCCGGCCAAGUCGCCUGCAAUAACGCUGGAGGUGUUCCUCCGGCGUCGCUCGUGGAACUCUUCCUCGCCCCGAACAACGGCCAAGAUUUCUACGACAUCAGUCUCGUCGACGGCUUCAAUCUCCCCGUCGUUUUGACCCCUCGCGGAGGCUCCGGCGGCUGCGAGGCCACCGGAUGUCCGGCGAACAUCAACGGCGCGUGCCCUGCACCGCUUCAGAUGAAGAAUCCGAAAGGCGAUGUGAUUGGUUGCAAGAGUGCUUGCGUCGUGUUCAACACGCCGCAAUUUUGUUGCUCCGGCGAGUUUGGUACGCCGGAAAAGUGCCCGCCGACGGAGUAUUCCCGCGCUUUCAAGACACAGUGUCCGCAGGCUUAUAGCUAUGCGUAUGACGACAAGACAAGCACGUUCACUUGUAACGGUGGACCAAACUAUGACGUGACCUUUUGCCCCUGAUUUUUUAGGAAUGAUUUGUUUCCUAUAUUUCAAAAUUUAAAAACUUAUAAAUAAAUGGUUAUUUAAGUUUAAUCGAA